ACAGGAGUGUUGCAGCCAACCUGUCCCAGAAGGUGCGUCUGCUAUGUUGGAUCAUGACUGGGCCUAAGAACCUGGAGUCUAGAACCAAACACAUCCGGGCCACCUGGGCCAACCGAUGCAACAAAAUCCUCUACAUGAGUUCAGUGGAGACAGAUUUCCCCACAGUGGGGCUCAACGUAACCGAGGGACGAGACCAGCUCUACUGGAAGACCAUCAGAGCCUUCCAGUACAUCUACCAACAUCACCGCAAUGACUACGACUGGGUCCUCAAAGCUGAUGAUGACACGUUCGUGGUCAUCGAAAACCUCCGCUACAUCUUGUCCAAACAGGACCCGGAGAAGCCUGUGUACUUUGGGCGAAGGUUCCGCCCGUUCGUCCACCAGGGUUACAUGAGCGGUGGAGCCGGCUAUGUCCUCAGUAAAGAAGCCGUUAGAAGGUUCAUCGAGGGAUUCGACAUGGCAAAAUGUACCCACUUUUCCAUCAUAGAAGACAUGGCUCUGGGGAAGUGUAUGGAGACAAUGGGUGUGGAGCCGGGAGACUCCAGAGAUGUGAAGGGAAGGCAGACGUUUCAUCCCUACCCACCAGACAAGUACCUGAUCAAAAAGCCACCCAGAAAACGGCCUUGGUUUCUCUUGUACGACUACUACAAACCCAGAGAGGGCCCAGAAUGUUGUUCAGAUCACACCAUAUCAUUUCACUACAUCCACAAUGUACAGAUGUACACGCUGGAAUACCUCACCUAUAAUCUACGGCCCUAUGGAUACCAGUACAGGUACAAGCCUGAUUCUGCAGCAACUGAAAGUAAGAGUAACACCAUCAUACCUGUCUCUGCCAAACACAGAGAUAACACAGACAGACUACUGCACUGA